CACCACCAGAGAACCUGGUUGUCAGAAGACCAGGAGGAAGCACCAGCAGCUCUGACUUGGGCAACCUUCCUAAGGAGAUGCAGCCACUUCUGCUCCUGAUGGCCUUUCUUCUGGCCCCCAAGGUGGAGGCAGGGAAAAUCAUUGGAGGGCAGAAGGUCAAGCCUCACUCUCGUCCCUACAUGGCAUUUCUUCGGGUCACAUCUCCAAAACGUAAAACAUGUGGAGGUUUCCUUGUGCGUGAGGAUUUUGUGCUGACAGCAGCUCACUGCUGGGGAAGCUCAAUCAAAGUCACCCUGGGGGCCCACAACGUCAAAAAACACGAGGAGACCCAGCAGAUUAUCCCGAUGAAAAAAGCUAUCGCCCACCCAGACUAUCGUCCUAAAGUCAAUGACAUCAUGUUACUACAGCUGCAGAGGAAGGCCAACCUGACUGCCACCGUGAGUUGCCUCAAGCUGCCCAAGAUGGGAGAGAAGGUGAAGCCAGGCAUGGUAUGCAGUGUGGCCGGCUGGGGGCGCCUUGACCUGAACACCACCACAAACACGCUGCACGAAGUAGACCUGAAAAUCCAAAAGGACAAGCUGUGCACCUCUCGGUACAAAAGCCAUUACAACGGAACCACACAGAUAUGCGUGGGGGACCCAAAAGAGAAUCGGUCUUCUUUUCGGGGAGACUCUGGAGGCCCCUUUGUGUGUAACAACGUGGCCCAGGGCAUCGUCUCCUUCGGAAAAAAGAAUGGGAAACCUCCGCGUAUCUACACUAGGAUCUCCGCCUUUCUGCCCUGGAUAAAUAGAACAAUGAGGCACCUCCUACUGCAGAAACAAGACUGAAGCACCCUGAAAUCGAUCCUUCUAUCUUUCUUCUCUGGGGCACAGGCCAGAACUGGAAAUAUGAAGACAGGGUGGAGGGCAGGCUACCAGACACAUAACUUGAAUCUCUAGAGCGAAAAUCGCUGAGUCCUCCAUUAUUCACCAAAAACGUUUGUUAACUACCUACUAUGU